GAAUCAACAGCCUGUGGACAAAUAUUCCAGCCUGAGGUACAAUCCUCAUUGGAAGAAUGCAAAAAAAGGAGAUUUUUUUGAGGCAGAGAAGGCACCCCAGAUUUUUGGAGGAAGCAGUGGGGACUUUUCAGUGGAUUCAUUUUAUCUCCAUUCUGAUGGCUCCUCAGAGGACAAUCACCAGAGCCAGGAUUCACUCCCAGAGAUUGAUCCAGAAUUAUUCACAUUUCAUGGAGCAAACGUGGCCAGCGCCAAAGCUGAUGGGCCACAAAGCAAAGGGGAGGAACCUGCGGAUGGAUUUCAUUGCAAAAAUCAUCUUGGCCACGCUUUUCCUCCUCAGAACCAGCAGGAUCCACCCCAAAGAGCCAAAAAAAACUUUGUGAAAAAGAACAAACGGACUUUGGGACAGUCCGAGAGGAUCAAUUCCUACCUUGAGCUGCACAAUAAAAAGCAGCAAGUUCUUCAAGGGCAGGUGGGUAAAUGUAGAAAUUCCCUGAAUUUUAUACAUUUAGAAUUUUCAGAUGAAAUCUAUCUAUAAAAU